CAAUCUAGACCAAGCCUGGGGGGCCCAGCGCAGGACCCUUUAUAAGCAUGCGCCCGCGCAGCAGGGAUAGUGUUUGCUGUGAGCCCUACACGACUAUACAACAUGAAGGCUGCUUUGUGUGUCCUGCUCCUGGCGACAGCCGUCUUCGGUGCUGAGGAGAAGAAGACAGAGAAGCGAGGCGUGCUCGGCCUCGGCUACGGUCUGGGAGCCGCCCCUCUCGUCUCCCACGGGUACUACGGCCACGGCCUCGGGCUCUACAACCACGGACUCGGCCUCUCCGGCUACGGGCUCGGCCACGGGCUCUACGGAGGUGGCCUCUUAGGCCACGGCCUCGUCCACGGAGCGCCCCUCUCCGCCCCCCUCCUCAGCCAUAGCGUCUACUCCUCACCCCUUCUUGGACUCGGCCAUGGUUGGCAUUGAAACGCAAAAUCCCAACUUCCUUAGUGCCAAAUUAGUAAGUUGCUUUGGUGGCUAUUUUCUAAAAUAUACGUUUUAAUUAA